CGAUUGCAGGCCUGCUGGAGGACAAGCAUCACCUGGCUAGUGGGACGGGCUCUUGGACUUGCAAGGCACACCUCCACUCCCGCGUCUCCCCUUUCAAGACGUCGCAGCCCGCGCCCCUCCCCGCGGUAGGCGCUGUUUGCUACAAAACAGGUUCAUCGCCGCGCGUAAAGUUUCUCAGCUGCUUCUUGACAGAUAUCGGGCACGAGGGGGAGAGGGGAUCCGGAGUGGUGCGGGGUUGAGGCGCAUGGCGUCCGCAGAACGGAGGCCAGCAGACGCUGUGGGAGAUGGUGUGGUGGACUUGACAUCCAGAGUAGAUGCUGUUAGCAUUCAAAAUGCCGGACCAGGCGCAGGAGACGGCUCGAUCGGAAUCGAAGCGUCUGGGUUGCGAUCGACAGGAGCAAGUCAGCACGCGACAGAUGCGGAUGACGACCAAGGGUCUUCGGCAGCUCUGCAAGAAGGCAGUGACGGAGCAGGGGCAAAAACAGGCAAGGGGGAGGAAGAAGAAGGAGGAGAAAGUGACGAGCCGGAUCUGACCGCCAGUGCUGAUCUGGAAGAUAGCAGUGAGCUCUCGGCGUCAGACGAAGAUAGUACCUGGAUAUCGUGGUUUGUGACACUCAGAGGCAACGAGUUCUUCUGCGAGGUUGAUGAGGACUACAUCCAGGACGACUUCAAUCUCACGGGGCUGUCGACGAUGGUGCCAUAUUAUGAGUAUGCCCUCGAUAUGAUUCUUGACGUCGAGAUGCCUGCGGGUCAGACUCUCACAGAGGAGCAACAGGAGGUGGUGGAGAGCGCAGCAGAGAUCCUGUAUGGCCUCAUCCACGCUCGUUACAUCCUCACCAGUCGAGGGAUGCAGGGAAUGUUCGACAAGUUCCAAGUUGGCGCGUUUGGACGGUGCCCAAGAGUGUACUGCCAAGGUCAAAACGUCCUUCCUGCGGGCCUUUCGGACGUUCCACGCAACUGCACGGUGGCAGUGUAUUGCCCCAAGUGUCAGGACAUUUUUCACCCGAAGAGUACACGGCAGGCCAACAUCGAUGGCGCCUACUUCGGAACGACUUUCUCGCACCUCUUCCUUCUCGCGCAUCCAGAGCUCAUCCCAUCUAGACCGAGCCAGGCGUAUUGCUCGAGGAUAUAUGGCUUUAAGAUCCACCAGACGAGCGCCUACCACCGGAACAACAAAGACCCAUCAAACGGGGAGGGGGGAAGCGGGCGAGGAUCUCGAAGGAAGAGCAGCAAAAAGGACAAGGCACGCCAUUCCGGGCGUUAG